AUGUCGCAAACAUGUCCAGAACCUUCUGCGCCAAAGUCGAUCCUGAAGAAGCCACCGCCAUUGAGGAAUGUAGAUGCCAUGAAAAUGAGAGACGCCUCAUCAAGGAUGGCUCUCAGAGGUGGCCACGCUGCGAGGAAGAAAGUGCACUUUGCGGAGGAAGAAGAGGAUAUGGACAAGGACGAUGGUUCGAGCUUCGAAAUUGCAACCAUCGGUGCCAAUGACCACAACGUUGACGAGGCGCUUCCUGGUGGGCGUGGGUUCAAACAAGAGCCGGGGCCGCAUGGGAGAGAUAUGUCGUUUUGGAGAAAGCAUUGA